CUGAAAAGUUGCGUAAUAUUGAAAUUCAAGUAUAAACAUGAACAUAUUGGGUAAUAUUGCCUGUGUCUCAUUCGGUAUGCGGUUCAAUCGUAGGACGUCUAAUCUAAUUUCGCUAGUUGUUUUCAUAUUUAUAAAGUAACACGUCAUUGUGACUAACAUCAUCUUCCAAAGGGCUAUCAGUUGAUUGAUAAUUGCAUAGCCGCAGUUAACCGAUUUGAAUCAAUGUGGGUAGUAACAAUGUCAAAAUAUUAAUUAAGAAACAGUUAGCCACAUAAUAUCGUACAGAAAUAUUUUAGGGACCAGUUCGUAUAUCGAUUGUCCGUUAUAAUAUGACAUAAGCGAGGCUUUGACACCAUUUCAACGUUUAAAUGGUUUUUUAGCUCGCGUUCGACGAUGCCGUAAUAGCUAAUACCCACUCGAUUAUUCACGCUUCUUUUUGUUGUAUGUAUUAUCUAUCUGGCGAAUUCAACACAAAUCUGACCUAGAAAUCAACCUCCAAGACGGUAAUAAUAAUCUUUGAAGUAACGACUUUUUCAUGUUCAUUGUGUGUUUACUGGGCAAAUAAUAUAUAAUGAGGUAAUCGACAAAUAUGCUUAAAAUAAAAUUCAAUCAACGUAUGAGUUGACCUAGGCGUGAUUAAUAAUGAAACGAUUGAAUUUGCACCAGGCGAUUUUAGUUUAGAAAAGUGAUGAACGUGUUACGUCGUAUUUGGCCGGUCUCAUAAUAAUUUUCACUGAAAGUGCUUACUUCCGAAACAUUUAUUUUUCAGCGAAAUGAAGCCUUUAGAACCAGAUGUGCUAAAGCAACAUAUAAUGGUUGCCGAAUUUGUGGGACGUGGCCAAAGUGGUUCACCAGUCAACGGAGAAGUGCCUCAGUUAAAUUCUGGACUUCCAAACGGGCACAGCAGAGAAAUGCUUUCUAACAGUAGCAGCCCAGGAGCUGAACACUAUCCCAUGCAAUCAGUAAAACAUAAGGAAUUAUUUUCUCAACGCAAGCAGAGAGAAUUCACUCCUGACAACAAGAAAGAUGAUAAUUAUUGGGACAGGCGAAGAAGAAACAAUGAGGCCGCUAAAAGAUCUCGUGAAAAACGCCGAUUUAAUGACAUGGUUUUGGAACAAAGAGUGGUGGAGCUUACCAAAGAAAACGCAAUUCUUAAAGCCCAAUUAGAAGCAAUUAGAGAAGAAUACGGUAUUUGUGGAGAAAAUGUGGUUUGCGUGGAAAAAGUUUUGGCCAGCCUUCCAACAAGCGAACAAGUCCUCAGUCUAACUAAACGGCAAAAACUUGGCCACCCUGGCAGCUCUCCAGCUCUUUAUGCUCCUCAGAGCCCAGUGCCCACUCCAGUUAUUCAUCAGCCCUUAUCAUCUCAGCCCAUGACGCAUGCUCCCCUACCAGUACCUCUAGAACCAGCAUACAGAGAACAUCAAGAAUACCAUCCCUCCUACCAAAUGCCAUAUAGGCACCCUUCUCCUGGCGCAUUGAAUCUGUCUGCUAGGAGACCCAGAAGUUCUCCAUCUCCAUUUGAGCUGUCUAGCACUUCUGGCGAUGAAGGACCUCCAAUUCAGCCUGCUCCUGCUGAACCUAACAACAGUCUGCCGCUGAAACUUCGUCACAAAUCACACUUAGGUGAUAAAGAUGCCGCAACAGCCCUUCUAGCCCUUCACAACAUCAAACAGGAACCUUCUCGGGCUAGUCCCCCAUGGGAUGGGGAAGGUUCUUCAGAUGAAAGGGACUCUGGCAUUUCACUGGGUGGAGAAUGGACCGCUACACAGGCUGCGGCUACUUUACAGUCUCUUCAGAAAGGUACUCAAAAUCCCCAAGAACCUAAAACACAUCAUCCCCUUCACUCGGAAAUCGUCAGAUUAACAACGGAAGUGGAACAGUUAAAAUCUUUAAUGAAGGAAAAAGAGGCGCGCCGCCACUAAGUGCUGUGAUUGCUCCCCGAGGGGCUAUUUAUUUUAGAAAUAGUUAAUUUAUUUGUUAGAUAAGAGUCUCUUGAGUGACGGACUUGCACAAACAUAUUUAGCAGGGCGCUUCUUGUUUUUGCUGUUUUUAGCUGAAAUUGCCAGUGUCGGUUUCCUAUUUUUUAUUCUCAUAUUACUGUUUUGUUCCAUAAUUAUUACUCAUCAGAAU